AUGGAUCGUAAGACUGAGGAGAAAAGAAAGCAGCACCAUAGCUUGACUUUACUGGAACAAGUAAAAAGAAUGAAAGAAUCAGCAGAGAUAAUUGAUGUUGUUCUAGUUGCAGAAGGUGAGAAAUUCCCUUGCCAUAAAGUGGUACUGGCUGCCUUCAGUCCGUAUUUCAAAGCCAUGUUUACCUGUGGCUUGGUUGAAUGCACCCAAAGAGAAGUAAUGUUGUAUGACAUCUCUGCAGAGAGUGUGUCUGUAAUACUCAAUUACAUGUACAGUGCAGAUUUGCACCUCACUAAUCAGAAUGUGCAGACUGUUGCUGUUGCUGCAUAUUUCAUGCAGAUGGAAGAUGUCUUCAAUAUAUGUCAGAAGUACAUGAUGGACCAUAUGGAUGCUUCCAAUUGUGUGGGGAUUUACUACUUUGCAAAGCACAUUGGAGCAGAAGAUUUAUCUGAUCAAGCAGGGAAAUACUUAUAUCAGCAUUUUACUGAGGUGAGCUUACAGGAAGAAAUAUUAGAGAUUGAAGUCCAGCAGCUGUUGACUCUUAUAAAAUCAGAUGAUCUGAAUGUUUCCAGGGAGGAGAGCAUUCUGGACCUCGUCAUUAGAUGGGUUAAUCACAGCAGAAAGUCGCGUGUGGUGCACCUUAUUGAGCUCCUGAAGCAAGUGAGACUGGUACUUGUGAGCCCUUCUUUUUUAGUGGAAGCCCGGAAAAGGAACACAAUGAUCCUGUGCAAUUCAGAAUGCAAUGACAUGUUUGAGGAGGCAUUAGAAACCAUCAAGAUAUCCAGACACCCUUCUCUCAGUCUGCGAUACGGCAUGGAGACUACCGAUCUUUUACUCUGCAUCGGCAACAAUUCUCUGGGCAUUAGAUCAAGACAUGGCAGCUAUGCAGAUGCCAGUUUCUGUUAUGCUCCUGCAACACGGAAGACUUACUUCAUUUCCUCUCCAAAGUAUGGAGAGGGUUUAGGUUGUGUUUGCACUGGUGUUGUCACUGAGAAUAACGAUAUUAUUGUGGCAGGAGAGGCAAGUGCUGUCAAAAUGUCUAGACAAAAGACCAGGAACAUCGAAAUUUAUAGAUACCACCAGCAAGGAAACCAGUGUUGGCACAGCCUGUGCACCGCUCAGUUCCGUGAACUCUAUGCACUGGGCACUAUCCAUAAUGAUCUCUAUGUAAUAGGAGGGCAAAUGAAAAUGAAAAAUCAGUAUCUGGUCACAAACUGUGUGGAGAAGUAUUCCAUGGAGCAAGAUACCUGGAGAAGCAUGGCACCUCUUCCAUUACCAUUAGCCUGCCACGUGGUGGUAACAGUGAAGAAUAAGCUCUACGUGAUGGGUGGCUGGACACCACAGAUGGAUCUGCCUGACGAUGAGCCGGAUCGAUUAAGUAACAGAAUGUUUCGGUAUGACCCGGGCCAAGACAAAUGGACAGAGCGCGCACCAAUGAAGUACUCCAAAUACCGCUUCAGCGCAGCUGUAGUCAACAGUGAGAUUUAUGUCUUGGGAGGAAUUGGGUGCCUUGGUUGUGACAGGGGGCAGACACGGAAAUGUCUUGAUGCAGUGGAGAUUUAUAACCCUGAUGGAGACUUUUGGAGGGAUGGGCCUCCUAUGCCUUCUCCUCUCCUCUCCUUACGAACAAACUCUACGAGCGCAGGCUCCGUGGAAGGGAAGCUGUACCUCUGUGGAGGAUUUCGUGGAGCAGCUCGUCAUGAAGUUAUUACCAAAGAGAUCCUGGAGCUGGAUACAUGGGAGAACCAGUGGAACGUGGUGGCCAUCAAUGUCCUCAUGCAUGACAGCUAUGAUGUUUGCCUUGUUGCUAAGCUGAACCCACGAGACCUUAUUCCUCCUCCACCGGAUUUAGUGGAUCAAUAGAAGUGCAGUGACUCCCAGCACUUCCAGAUUCUGCAGAAACUGAAGAAUUUGGAAAAAACACCUGUUGAACUGACCCAGGAUGACAGCUGAGUCCCAUGGAGACAAGCCUGCAACAUGUGCUUAAGGACAGAAUUGCCUUUGAACUGCUCUUCUCGGACGAUGCUUAAUUUACUAGUACAGGUACUCCAGAUUUCUGUACUUGAAAAGCCGAGGUUCCCCAGCCUUUGUGUUUGGCCAAGGUGCACUGUCUCUUAUAACCUUCUAUUCUGCUAUGCAAGCUCUAGUGUUUGGUGCAGCUUGGGCUUCUGGGAACCUUUGCCUCACAGACACUGUGGCAGCCCAGAGCUCAUUCCUCAGUGCAACAGCGCAGAUGAAAGCAAGCUCCAGUCAGAGAAAUCCUUCCUUUGCUGUACAUCCCACUGAGUUCUACUAAGCUAUCGAGGGGGCUAAGAAGUACCUGAAUUCAACUGAUGAAAACUGGUCCAUUUGUCCCAGAAGGAUAUACUGUAGUUGGCUGAUGUAGGGGGGCUUUGCCUUUUUUUUAAAUUAUUUUUUAAACAGUCCUGUUCAGCAGCCAAGCACACCAGCUACUGCAAGCAGUAUCUAACUCAUGGAUAGGACAGUCAAAGAUCCUUUCUCUGUCAGCGGAGCUGAGCCUGUACUGUUAGAAAACAUACGGAGUCUUCUGGGAGGCUUGGUAGACCCUCUGUACCAACGAAAAGAAGAAUUCUAAGUACUUGCAUAAAUCCUAUCAUGAGAUUUGGUCUGACCAGAACCUUAAAGUUCAGUUGGAAAAUCCUCUCCCUUUGAAAGAGAGAUGGAGAAGGGGACAAAACUAAAAAGUAAUAAUGAAACCAGUGUUAUCAGCAUACCAGCUCUGCAACGGCAGAGAGAGAAUAAAUGUGCUAAACAGGUCAUGUUUAUAUAAAAGUAGCUGUUUUUAUAGAAGUAGCUUUAAUGAAGUAACAUAAAGUAAACUACCAACAAUUUGGCUAAAAUCACAGGGAAGAGGAGUGGUUCAAAUAAUGUUUCUUAAGGCUGUGUUAAGUUUAUAGGGCUUGAUGAGAGCGAGUUAGAGAGAAACUUAAGUGUCACUAGUACCUGCUAUCCCAUUUUAAUUACUCACAACUAUUUAUCGUCUUUCUGGUGCCUACCUUAUCGUAUAUCUGUGUUUCGCUGCCUGGGCCCUGCAAGCAAGAGAGCUGGAAAUCUCAGUUGUGUUCUUGCAUCAAAACUGCAAAUAAUAGUAUGCUGCAAUAGACAGAGAAUGAAAGUCAGAGGCAAACACUAAAAGAGUAAGCUAUAAUUUAGCACAAGAACCAUCAGUAAUUCACUCUGAGCAAGAAGUUGCUUUUUAUGGUUACAAAGCAGAAACAAAAAUGGAAGGAAAUAAUCAGCAAAGAAAAAGGGGAAUCUGUCAGGCAGUUUGUGCAUAGUAACUUGCAGUAGUUGCACUUUGGAGCAUCUCCAUCUUCUUUUUAAAUCACGUAUUUGGCUGCAAAAAUAUCAGCAAUUUUUUUUUUUUUGCCUGCAACGCUUAGCGCUGAGAGAGAUGGAGGGGAUGACCCAAAAGCCCUUUCCCAUCUCUGACUUCUUUGAUUCAUGAACUAGUCUCUGCAAUAGCCAGUGGGAAUACUAAACUGUCUUAUAAAAACAAUUAGCAGGAAGGUCACUAAAGUUUGCCUGAUAACUAUAGUACCACACUGAGGCUUGCUCAGAUAACUGGGAAUUUGUGGAGGGAACUAAGGAAAAUAUGUAGAAAAGAAGUAGGUCUGUGAGCCUUAUAACUAACCUCAUCUCCCUUUAUGUUCCACAGGCAGAAUGAGCAUCACAGUCUAAGCACAUGUAUCUGCACCAUUUCUGUAUUGUGCAGUCAUUCUUUUUUCUUUUCUUUGUUGAUAUGUAGGUCAUCAACUCUUUAGGAGAGAAGUGUGACAAGCAUGAACUUCAGUGGUACUAAUCAGCAACCCGUUCUUAAAAUCUUAACCGCUCUGGUGACUAAACACUGUCUUAGGUUUAAGAUCAAGACGGCAAAAAAAUUCUGCUUUGAUAAGUUUUUUUUUUAAAUUAGUAUAGAGUUCUUCCAAUUAAUCAUGCAAAACUGGAAAUGCCUCUGUAAGUGUAGUUGGUACU